UAAAUAUAUUAACAUUCUACAGAUUCUAAGUCAAAUAACAAUCAGAAAAAAUAGCUGAAAUUGUUUCUUAUUAUCGCUACUGUCUUUUUGUUUUUAUUGUCUGAAUACGAUAAAAAAUGGUAUAUAUUCGAUGAUAAAAACAGUGAAUUAACACUUAAUUGAUACAAACUGUAUGUGUAUAUUUAUUGUCCUUAAACAUUUCCCUUCGAUCACGUGGUUUCAUGUGGUUUCAUCAAAACCACGUCAUUUUAGUUUUAAUAUAGAACAAUACGAUAAUAGUUAUCGUUAUUUUUUCUCUGACUUUGUUUCUUCUAAUACUUCUAUAUAGAUAAGUUAAAAUAUAUAAAGCUAAAAUAUUUUUAUUUAUAUUUAUUUUCGGUCUAAGUAAAUGUGGAAUUUAUCAAGUUCUUUUUAUUAUCGAUUAUUAAAAAAAUUGAAAAACUUAUGUGAUUUUUUUAUAUAAAUGUGCAGAAAUAUAUUUUCAAUAUUAGUCGAUUGAUAAUUCAAUAAUUGUAUUAAAAUUCAAUUAGAAUGCAUAAAAAAAGAGAAAUUCAUAUCUGAAUUACUUUUCUUAAGAAUACUUGAACAAAGCGUUUUCCAUUUUUGAUAUUAGUGAUUAAGCAAUAAGAAUGCGGAAAAAACAUUUAACCAUUUGAAGUGAUAAUGAUUUGUUGACGAAUUAUUUACAUACAAUGACUGGAGCAGUUUAAUCCAAUACUUUGUUUCGUACAUUAGUAUUCUAGCAAUAGUAAUUUCAUUUUUCGGAAUAAUUGUCACGAAAUUCAAUUAAAAGUUGAUUAUUCUUUUUGUUCAUCAGAAAUAUAUGAAUAAAUAAUAUUAAAAAUAAAAAAUAUAUUGUGACAAGUGUGUAAUUGAUUUUUAAAACAGAAAUUAUGAAGUUUAAGAGAUAAAUUAUGUAUUGAUGUGUUAUUUUGAAUCAAAAACCGAAAAAAAUAAAGACACCGCGUGUUUGAAUUAAAAAAAUAAAAAAGAAGUUAUACUUAUGUAAAAAAGAAAUUAUGGAUGAAAACAAGAAAGAAAACAAAUUGGAAGUGAUAGAAGAAGUGGUGGUGAAAGAUAUUACGUUUUCUACCGAUACAAUAGAUAAAAAAUCUCAAGCAUAUAAACAAUCCAAUACUUAUGCUGCAAAAAAAACUGUAGCACAAGGUAUGAUGGAUGUUGCCCUAAUCACUGCCAAUGCAAAUCAAUUAAGAUAUCUGAUUGAAUAUCAACGAGAGAGUCCUACAUUUUAUUUGAUUAUGAGUUUAAUAAUCAUCAGUCUUUUUCUUCAGGUGGCCGUAGGAAUUAGUCUGAUUUUCAAAGGUCGAUUUGAUAUAAAAGGACAAUCAAAAUCAUUACAAGCACGAAAAAUCAAUAAUUACGUAGUAAUCGGUGUUUUUCUAAUAACUAUCAUAAAUGUAUUCAUUGCCGCGUUUAGUAUAUCUGUUUCUCCUACGUUACCACAAACAACAACAAAUAAUAAUAAAAUGUAAAUACAUUUUUUAUAUUGAUCUUUGGAAAAAAAAUUC